GAUGAUGACAAUGAGGAUGAUGACGAUGAGGAUGAUGACAAUGAGGAUGAUGACGAUGAGGAAGAGGAAGACCAUGAGGAUGAAGACUAUCAGGAUGAACACCAAGACUGUUACCAGAGAAGGAGUUACUACCCUUCCGGAACAAGCGACAAUGAAAACCGGCAGGAAUUUGCUUACUAUCAGCACGGGGAAAAGUCUGAAUUUUAUUACGACGGAGACGAAUUCGAAGAGAUAUUUACAAAAAAGCCAAAGAGACGUGUAAAGGACAACUUCAGAAGAACAAUCAGGGAGCCAAGCGACACUGACAGCGACGAGGAGCGAAUGUGCACAGGACCAUGCGCUAAAACAUCUCAAGGACAACAACAUUACCAAAAUCGUAGAAUGCCAGGGGUCUGA